UUAAUCAGUUACAUUGUGUAAAUUACUUAGUACUUCAUAUAUAUCGAAUAUUUAUACGUGCGAUGAUCUAUACUUCAUUUUAUGUUAAUUGGAAUACGUAUAUAUAAUAAAUAUAUGACUGAUUGGCUAUUCAUUUAAUUACAUCUUUUUGUUUUGUUGUUGUGCCAACGAUUCGUGUAUGAAGUUUAGUCUUCAACAUAAAUAUGUUGAAAUGCAUCGUUGAUGAGGGACACAUAACACAUACGAAACCAAUCAUAAAAUAAUUUAUUCUGACACGCUAAACACUUGCCCUAGCCACGUGUUCAAAUCCUGACUUUCCUCUUCUAUCUCUCAUACUUUCAAACUUUCAGCAUAUAACUCUUUUUCCCAUCUUUUAUACAUCAAAACACCAUAAAUGAACAGCUAAACUACUAACCCUACCGGAGAGAUAGAGAGAUGAAGACAGACUACGGAAAGCAGCGGGAAGCUUCUGCUUGCGAUGAUGUUACGGAUCAAGACAAGACCGUUGUAAGCAGGAUAAUGCAACGGUUCCGUCCAAUCGCACCAAAACCACCUGUCGGCGAAUCUUCUGACAACACAAAGAGUUGCAGAUUCCUCCGAAGAAACCGAAGAUCUAAACGAAAGUAUGUUAGGGUUCGGAAUAAAAACAUUAGUAGUGGUAGCAGUAAUAAUAAUAAAGAUAUGAGAUGUAGUAAUAAGAAAGCUUGCGGCGAUGGAGAGAAGAUAAAGACGGAUCUUGAUGAAGAGAUAGGCGGUGAGGAUAAGAGCGAUAUCGUCACACUUCAGUUGCUUCCGGAUAAGGAUAAAGAUCAUCAAGCUGGUAAGGAUAAUACGGAUCCGAGUGCUAUGGAUCCAAGAACGAGUUUAAAUAUAUCAUCAUCUUUAGAUCGGACGGUGGUGGAGUCGUGGUUGACGGUAGAGUGUGUGAAUAACACAUGUACUGAACUGGGAGGGUAUCACAAGCUACAGCUAAGCCGUAUGAAUGAGGGGGAGGAGAUAGUGAUGAGGAUGCUGUAUUUUGACACGUGUCCUUGGUUAGUUUCUGAUGGAUCAAACCGGGUCUAUUGGAUCAACCGGGCGUACCGGAAUAUGUUGGGAGAUCCGAAUGCAGAGGUGACUAUCAAAGUAUGGCUGGUGGUGGCGACGGACCUUAUGGAAGAGAUGUCGUGCAUGGUGGAGUCGUACGGUGCGGUGACAUGCAGGGUUAGGGUUCGGUAUGAUACGUCGACGUGGAGGAAUGAGAAGAGUCACUCGGAGUCAGAAGUGAAGAUGACUGUGCCGUGUGAUGUAUGGAGGAUGGGAUCAUCAGGUGGGUUGGCUUGGAGAUUAGAUGUUGAAUCAGCUCUAACACUUGGAAGGUAACUGAAAACAGAACCAAUGGUAAGCAACAUUACACUAUGAAAGCAGCUUAUAUAUAUGCAUGCAUGUAUAUAUACUAAGACUUGUGACUAAAUUUCACCAGAGUUUUAUCCAGCUCCGGCUUUUAGUACUAUUGUAUGAGAAGAUCCGAAGAUUGAUAGAAUAUCACCAUGGAUUAAUUAUCUUAUUUUCGUGUUCCAAAUAUACUGGAUGGUGUUGCUUUGAUGUAAAUGUCUUUUCAUAUAACUAUGGCGUGUAAAGAAAAUGUGUAGGCAAGAUAAUUAUCUGACAAGUGAUUUGCAUUUUAGAUGAUCAGAGCAACAGAAUAUUUGAGUAUAUAUGUUUCUGCAGAAUAAUCAUAAAACAAAUGUAAUCUAAUUUUAGUAGAUUCACGGUAUUGUAUAUUAAGUCAUAGAAUAUAGCAGACUUUUAAAAAUGUAAAUAUGAAUGUUCGAAAAUAAUAGACGGAUAAUCACGUACUGACGUACGUAAAAAAAUGGUAUAUCAUUCAUCACUUUAGGAUCAUAAUCCCGUGAGAAAUAAAUAAGGUAAGGUAUUGUAGUAAAACUAUAUCCAGUGUAUUUUGAUAUUCUUUAUUUUAAAAUAGAAAAAUUUUAUAAUAGAGAUUUGUUCCAAUGUAAUUUUUUAAAAUAUCAGUUUCUAAAUAUAUAGUAAAAUAUAGAAAAUGUUAUUUACU